CUCCAAGACGCUUUUCGACUUCUUGUUGGAACGUAGGCUCACGCUCACAGACUCCUUGGAGAAGUGCCUGAAGAAAGGUAAAGGGGAGGAGCAGUCUCUAGCUGCUAGCGUUCUCACACUACUGUGCCUUCAGAUGGGCUCGGGCCCCGAGGGGGAGGAGGUAUUCCGCAGCCUGAAGCCCCUCCUCAUCAGUAUCCUGACUGACUCCUCGGCCAGCCCCGUCGCUCGCCAGAGUUGUGCCACGGCCCUGGGUAUGUGCUGCUACAUCGCUGCUGCGGAUGUGGAGGAUCUGGUUUCCUGUCUCGCCUGCCUGGAGGGCAUCUUUGGCACUUCCUGCCCAGAGGAGAGCAGCUCUGUCCCCACCCACCAUAGCCCCCUGCUCCAGACUUUGCACUGCAACGCCCUCCAGUCCUGGUCUCUGCUCCUUACCAUCUGCCCCAGCUCCCAGAUCAAGAAGAUUCUGGACAAUCACCUACUGAAGCUGCCGCUGCUGCUGUCCAGUGACAACGUCAACCUGCGGAUUGUGGCGGGCGAGACCAUCGCGCUGCUCUUCGAGCUGGCCCAUGAGCUGGAGGAGGAGUUCUUCUACGAGGACAUGGACCUGCUGUGCACCAAGCUCAAAGCCCUGGCCACCGACAGCAACAAGUACCGAGCCAAGACGGACAGACGCAAGCAGCGCUCCAUCUUCCGCGAUGUGCUGCACUUCAUCGAGAAUGGCGAGUGCCAUGAGGAGACCAUCAAGUUUGGCCUGGAGUGCAUGUACGUGGACAGCUGGGUCAGGAGGAAAAUGUACAACGCCUUCAAGGAGGUGCUGGGCUCCGGGGUCAGGCAUCACCUGCAGAACAACGAGCUGCUGCGUGAGAUCUUUGACCUGGGGCCUCCUCUGGUGCUGGACGCUGCAGCUAUCAAAGCCAGUAAGAUCUCCCGCUUCGAGAAGCACCUGUACAACUCGGCCGCCUUCAAAGCCCGGACAAAAGCCAGAAGCCGCGUGCGCGAUAAGCGAGCCGAUGUCCUGUGACGGAGGCUGCUCCCUCCGCCGCCUCCUGGACAACCCACGGACUGCAGACCCCGACCACUGUGACACAGGGGAGGAGCUGGGGGGUGGGGCUCUCGGCCCUCCCAGCUCAUCGGCUCCCGCCAUGCCCCUCACCCCCAGCCGGGGGGGCUUUUAGACGUGUACAGACUUGUAUUUAAAUGGUGUGGCUGGUGGAUCCCAGCGA